AUUUAGACAGCCAUAGGACUCUACACAAACCCUAAAAUUACGCGUGCUCUACUCAUUCCCUCCCCCCACACCACACUACGCCGCCGCCGCCAACCACCUCUCCACAUCCUCCACGCCGGACAGCCUAGGUCGGACACAAGAUGGACAAGCUGUCGGCGCAGAUGCUGGGGAGCAUCUUCCUCUGCCUCCCCGACCCAGCCGACCUCGGCCACACCUCGGUCGCCUGCAAGUCCUUCUGCGACCUCAUCGCUGACAGCUACUUCCGCCGGCAACACCACAAACGCCACACCUCGCCCCUCCUGGGCUUUGUCGGCAAAUUCGGCGACUUCCACCGCGCCAUCUCGCCGCACCCCUCCGCGCCGGCAGCCAAGGCCGUCGACAACGCCUGCGACUUCUCCUUCUCCUUCCCCCCGAGGACGGAGAGCAUCAUCUAUGGCAUCGUGGACAUCCGCGAGGGUCGCGUCCUCCUCGCCACAGUGAAUGAGGUGUUUGGUGAGGAGUACGUGGUGUGCUACCCCUUGCACCGCACGUAUGUGGUUCUCCCCAAACUCACCGACGCUGUGACAUCCAAAAGAAACAUUUUCUUAGCCCCACCGAUGCCGGAAACUGUUGUUGACAAGGAUGGGUAGACAGCCUUCAGAGUGAUUAGGAUGGCGCCGAGAGGAGACCAUUUUGAUACCCAUGUCUUCUCUUCCUGGACUUGUCAGUGGGAAGCCCGUCCAUCUGUAAUCUGGAGGGGUCCUGUUGGCUCCCAUUUGUUUACUCUGCCAGGGAUGGUUAACCACUGCCGUGCACAAUAUGCUCACGGCCGCUUCUACUUCAUAUCUAAUAUCAAUAGAUGGGAAACACUGGUUCUUGACCCCAUGACAAUGGAUUUUUCUACUGUUGAUGGCCCUCCCGUGGACAGAGUUUGUGAUGAAGACAUAUGUAUCGUGGAGGCAGAUGAAGGCAGUCUCGGGAUGUUUCUAACGUACCAAGACUAUGACACAAGCAAUAUCAUUUAUUGGCAAAGUGAAGGUGAUAUUUCCGGACCAUGGCGGGAAGAGAAAAGAAUUGAUGUAGGUGACAUGUGCAGAGUUUUUUCUUCCGAAGGGAGACAUGUAUUUGGAUAUGAUACUAUUGCAUGUUUCUCGUUGGUUGCCAAAGCAUUGGAGCUCGAGAGGCUAUGUUACAUGAUUCUGGAUGAGGCGUACCCAUAUAGCAAUCUUCCACUACCGUACGCAUUACCCACCGUGGCAUCAGGCCCCAAAGAGACGCAGCAGACCAGAACGAUUGUUGAGGAGAUGGAGGACGCUCAGGAGAUGGAGGACGACGAGUACCCAUUCCAGGACCUUGCAGUGGAUUUUCAGUUACUAGAAGAGGAGAACGACAACGACGACGACUUCUUGUCAGAGCCUACAGUGACUUUUGAGUUAACAGUCGAGGAGACAAAGAAGCAGGUGGCCGCCUCCAUUGGACACUCGAAUGUCUGGAACUCGCACCCAAAGAACUACGGCUCCGGAUCCAUGCCGUGUCUGUGGCAACUCACAUGGCCUGAUCCGCAAGUACGGGCUGAUGUGCUGCAGGCAGUGUUUCCGCAGCAAUGCAAGGACAUUGGCUUCAUCAAGGUAUGCGGCAGCCACACCGUUGGUGGAUUUCCUGAAUCCCAUGCCUGAAUUUUAUAUCGGCCGAGCGAUAGUUUAUGUCACUCCAUGCUUGCUUUGCAAUGUUACAUGAUUUGUCAACAAGGCUUCUCUGUAUGGUGAACUAGUUUAAUUUGUUGUAGACCACCACCAGGUAAGGUAGCAUGGACUAUUACGUAAUGUUUGAUAUGGCAUGUUAGAUUCACUUGUUCAGGAUAGAUGCGUGUGCUGCUCCCCUCCUGCUCCAAUAAUCUUCCUGGUCAACUUUUGCAAUCAUCACCUCAUGUUCUGCCUUAUAAUAUUGUCAUCUCUUUGAUCUAAACUCAUGAAUCAUUAAACACCAUAAGUCAUCUUAGGACCGUUGCUGCAACUAUCUUCAUGACUUUGGUACAAAGCACUAUUUUGUUGUUCCCACAUACAUGGAAUGCAUUGCAAUAGUAUGUAUAUCCAUUAAGUAGGUAUAUAUACAUAUCCUGAGUAACUGUAAUGUACUGGAGUAUGGAGAUGAUUGAACUUUGGAAGGAUAUUGUUUCCCUACCUAUUUCUGAUUAAUUGUAGAUUUUAUGCUUGAAUUCAUAGGUUUGGGUAAAUUAUGUUUCUGUUCUGAUGCAUUUGUUUUUACUGUACAUCUCUUUUAUUUCCGAAUACCUGAAUGUUCAUGUUGUGCACAGAUUAAUUUUAGAUUACCGAAUGUACACUCU